UCCCCCGCACAGCAAAACCAAUUCCUUUGAGAACAUAAAUAAAAAGAAGAAGAAACAAAUGGCAUCUCCGCUCUCACAUCCCUUCUUCUACUCUUCAACCACGGCAUUCAACCACCAAUCUCCGCCGCUGUUCCUCCGUCCAGCCACCAAAUUCAGAUGCUCAGCUGCCGCCGCUGGUUCCGAGACCGGAUUCUUCACCAAGUUAGGUAGAUUAAUAAAAGAAAAGGCAAAGAAAGACGUAGAGAAGAUAUUCUCGGGUGGAUUCUCGAAAACAAGAGAUAAUUUAGCUGUAAUUGAUGAACUACUCCUUUAUUGGAAUCUAUCUGAUACUGACCGCGUCCUCGAUGAAUUAGAAGAGGCAUUAUUGGUGUCAGAUUUUGGCCCAAAGAUUACAAUAAAGAUUGUUGAGAGCUUGCGGGAUGAAAUUUAUGCUGGAAAGCUCAAGUCAGGACCUGAAAUAAAGGAUGCUUUGAAGAAAAGUGUACUGGAUAUCCUGACAAAUAAAGGUGCUAAAACGGAGCUCAAACUUGGAUAUAGGAAACCGGCAGUUAUCAUGAUAGUUGGUGUUAAUGGAGGUGGAAAAACUACAUCUCUUGGGAAACUGGCUCAUCGAUUGAAGAGUGAAGGCGCUACGAUAUUAAUGGCAGCUGGUGAUACUUUUAGGGCAGCUGCAAGUGACCAACUGGAGAUUUGGGCUGAGAGGACCGGUUGUGAGAUUGUUUCAGCUGAAAAAGAGAAGGCAAAAGCAUCAUCAGUUCUAUCACAGGCUGUCAAAAAAGGGAAAGAACAAGGUUUUGAUAUCGUGUUAUGUGAUACCUCUGGACGUCUACACACUAAUUAUAGCUUGAUGGAAGAAUUGAUCGCAUGCAAAAAGGCUGUAGCUAAAGUUGUUCCCGGCGCCCCUAAUGAAAUUUUACUCGUUUUGGAUGGAACAACGGGGUUGAAUAUGCUCCCACAAGCUAGGGAGUUCAAUGAGGUUGUAGGAAUAACUGGUUUCAUUUUGACAAAAUUAGAUGGCUCUGCAAGAGGCGGCUGCGUGGUUAGUGUAGUUGAUGAACUUGGAAUUCCAGUGAAAUUUGUGGGUGUUGGGGAAGGGGUGGAAGAUCUUCAGCCAUUCGAGGCAGAAGCAUUUGUUAAUGCCAUUUUCUCAUGAGCCAUUAAUAACAAGUGUAGGAAUCACCAAGGCCUAAGAUUGACAGGGCUGUUAGCAACACCGUAGUGCUAGAGAGAAGUGGAGUAAUAUAGCAAAAGGCAGUGCUCAAUUUAGUGCUAGAAACAUGUGAACUACUACACAACAUUUAUAAGAUGGCUGUGAUCAGAAUUGGUUUUGCGUGAUGAGUUCCGACGCUCUAGUUUGUCCACAAGAGAGUUGUUAAUGUAAAGAUGAUUUAGGAUUUCGAUUCAUUUAGGGUUAAAUGAGUUUUGCCAUUUACUUGUAAUAUUCCAUCAUCAAUAAUCUUUGAGGUUUUUCUGUAGCUAUUGGAUUAGAGCUUUUGUUUAUAGUGUUUUAUAUUUCCAUGUAUUACUUGACAUUCA